AUGUCAACCACAGAAUCUCCGGUUUCACGGAGUCCGAAUCACAGUCCGAUCCCCUCUUCGCUCUCAUCCGAGUGUGCAAAAGCAGCAAGGAUUAUAGACUCAUUUAUCAACCCCAAAGUCGUCGGCGAUGGCGGGAUUCCGCGCAAGAUUCUCCUGCGCGCUAAAGCCCUGAUCAUCUGCACCAUGGUUCGGUGGGGAUUCUUCGGUUGCGCGCGCUUUGGUUCUGGUGUCUUUGUUGUUCGUCUACCCGACGGGACCUGGUCCGCUCCAUCGGCUGUGGGCCUCGGUGGCUUGGGAGUCGGUCCACUUCUAGGUGUGGAGUUGACGGAUUUCGUGUUCGUAUUGAGUACCGAUGAAGCAGUCACGAAAUUCAUGCAAUCCGGCUUCUUGCAUUUGGGUCUCAAUCUUUCGGUGGCUCUUGGGUUGGGCCGGAGUGCGGAAUCCGGUGGUAUCGCUGGGGCACGGGGCGUGUCGGGCUUUUACUCCUAUUCGAAGACGCGUGGAGUAUAUGCGGGCAUUUCGGGGGAAUUUGGGCUGAUUGUUGAGCGCUCGCGCGCUAACAAGAAGAUCUAUGAGCGAAAACUCAAGUCGGUGCAGUUGGCUGGUGGGCAGAUUCCUGCUCCCCGUGAGGCUGAAUCAUUGAUGCGCAUUCUUAAUUCGGAUGUCCUACGCCCUUCCUCGAAGCCCAUUGUAAAUCCGGAUUCCAGCGGACUUCAAUCUCUAGGUCGAGAAAUACCGCCUCGGGGAUUGGAAAUGGGCGACCUGAGUAACUUGGGUCCGGGGCUUUCUGAGAUCGGAUCUUCUGAAGCUCACUGGAGUGGCUUGUCUGCUCAGGGUACUACACUUAAACCCAGAGAGCUCAACAGGGUUCCUCGGGAGCUACUUGGUAACCCAGUUCAACCUGCCGAGCCGGAAUAUACUGCGUCUACUAAGCCUACAGAUCCUUCGCACGUUUUUGAACUGGAGUCGCGCCAUGGAUCUGUGGUUCCGCCCAGCGAGACCCUUUCGCAUCAGGCAUCUGUGAAUUCCUCUACUGGAAGCUCUUCAAAUCACACAUCGCUUCAAACUUCUGUUGUCCACUCAAUGGAAACACAAGACUCCUCUAUUCUGGGGUCUCCCGGUGUCAUUCCCGAGUCUCCGUCAAAGGAAGCGCAAGCAGAACAUGGCACUGAUGCCACAAGCACGACAAUUCAAGCUUGA